AUGGAAGUCAACGGUAGGGAAGAAUCAUCUGAAUGGUUUGUUGAGUACAUAAAACGCCAAGGAGAUUGGUUAGAGAAAACCAGAGGAAAUUUGAUGGUUGCAGCAACAGUUAUAGCUAGUAUGAGCUUUCAAGUUAUGGUUAAUCCUCCAGGUGGUGUCUGGCAAGGUGAUCCUUGUCCUUCUCGAGAUCAAGCCGGAAAUGUACAAGUUUGUGCGGCGAAAGCCGGAACUUCGGUGCUGGAGGACGAUCAUUCAAAGCGUGGACUCUAUAUUGGGAUGGUUAUUAGCAGUAUGGUGUCGUUCACUGCUUCCAUGAGCCUUAUUCUCCUCGUCAUCAGCGGUUUACGACUUAGGUACUAA